GGAAAGGGGGAGGGAAAGGCAAACAAAGCGGGGAGCCGCGGCUGAAGCCGGGCAUACUGCAGGACGGGGGCGACCGACGUCCCCCAACCCCUCCCGCCGUAGCGGAGGGACUUCCCCGGGUGGCUUCUGCUCGCUGCCGCCCGCGACCGGGGUUUGGUGGCCGGCCCCGAGCAGGCGCGCAGCCCCUUGCAGCCCCCUGCCUCCCUACUGUAGACGGGAUGAGGUUUUAUAUUGGAAAUGAGGAGGCAGGGGGAGGAGAAGGCGCUCACACGGAGCGAUGAGUGUGCGGUGUCAAUCAGAGGGGUUUUGUGUCUCCUUGACUCCUGAUGGUCCGUGGCUGAGGUGUCCCGGGUGGCACCACAAUGAAUAUGAAUAGGGGUCCUUGCUAAAUGGGACAGUCAAAGCGCACCGCCCUGAAUAAUGGCACGUCAUCCUAACUAGACCAUUAUACAUAGGAGGGCUCCUUUUGUCUCUGCUCUCUGCUGCAGCUCUAUAAAAGCCCCUCUUUUUCAGGCUGAGGUUAGUCCAAGCAUACACUAACUAGCCAUCCUGUAUACAGGCUGAGUAACCGGGUGGAGCGAGAGAGAGGAGACAUUGGAGAGAGAGGGAGCUGAGGGGCUUUUUCCCUCUUCCUCCAGCAUUUCCAGCCCUUCACUGGCAGACCCUGCCGUCCAUUUAUUUCUUUUUCGUUUUGUUUUUGUUGCUUUUUGAAGAAGAGUUGUCUUGUUCCGCCACCUCCAGAGCAGGGAAGAGUUUCUUGCUCAGAAGCCUGAAUACAAUGAAUUCUGACUCCAGCUCUGUCUCCAGCAGAGCUUCCUCGCCAGACAUGGAUGAGAUGUACCUGAGAGACCACCACCACCACCACCACCAUCACCACCACCAAGACAGCCGGCUCAACUCUGUCUCCUCCACCCAGAACGAUCUGGUGCAGAAGAUGUCCGGGGAAGGCCUCACCAGGAACGGUUCCAAGGCCGGAGGGGAAGGCAGCAAGUACAAAAUCAAGAAGCAGCUUUCGGAGCAGGACCUGCAGCAGCUGAGGCUGAAGAUCAAUGGCCGGGAGCGUAAGAGGAUGCACGACCUCAACCUCGCCAUGGACGGACUGCGGGAGGUGAUGCCCUACGCUCAUGGACCUUCUGUGAGAAAACUCUCCAAAAUCGCCACCCUCCUGCUAGCCAGAAACUAUAUUCUGAUGCUCACCAGCUCCCUGGAGGAGAUGAAGAGGCUAGUUGGGGAAAUCUACGGGGGACACCACUCGGCCUUUCACUGCGGCACGGUGGGACACUCUGCCGGGCACCCGCCCCACGCCGCCGGCACUGUGCACCAGGUGCACCCCAUCCUCGGCAGUGCCUUGUCCUCCGCCAACACCUCCUCCUCGCUCUCCGCCUCCCUGCCGGCCAUCGGCACCAUCCGACCCCCACACUCCCUGCUCAAGACCCCCUCGACACCCCCCGCCCUGCAGCUCGGCAGCGGUUUCCAGCACUGGGCGGGCUUGCCGUGCCCCUGCACCAUCUGCCAGAUGCCUCCCCCGCCCCACCUCUCGGCCCUCACCGCCUCCAACAUGGCCAGGAUCUCGGGGGAGACCAAGGACCUCCUGAAGUGACUCGGCGGGGCUCCCCCGGCCGCUGGGGCUGCGUCGCAGCCGGCGCUCCCACGGACGGAGAGGGGGCUGCGGCCGGUCCCCCCCGGGCCGCCGACGGACCUGCCCCCGCUGCCCCCGCCCGCCAAGCCCCUGUAACAUGGGAUUAGUGUAGUAAGGACCUUGCAAAGGUAAUGUUCUACCCGGCUCCGCGGGCGAUGUUUUCUUAUUAUACUAAACUGGAAAAAAAGUCCCUGUUGUAAACAGAAUGAUAAUAAUAAUAAUAAUAAUGAUAAUAAUAAUAAUAAUGCCGCUGAUGGUAAUCACGUGUAAAUGAUUCCUUAAAAUGUAUGUAAAAGGAAAAAAAAAAAAAAAAGACAUGGUUGUCAUUGUAGUGUUCACAGCUACCAAGAGACGAUGAAAUCGGUUUGGGGCUUUUUUCCCUUUUUUUCCUGGGCUUUUCCUUUCUUUCCCUUCGCACGGCGACACCUCCGAAAUUUCCCGCUCCAAACCUGACUGCGGCAGCGCAGCGGCAGCCCAAGGUAGACCAGAGAGUGCAUGCAUGCUUUCCACCCCAGCUUGUCACCCGUGGGGACCGACCACAGGCGGCUCCCCUGGCAACAGGGACUUCCGAGGGAAUUCACUAAAGUUUUCGAGUGUGGUUUAUGGCUUGGGGUUUUUGUGGUUUGGUGGGGUUUUUUUGGUUUGUUUGCUUUGUUUUUACAGAUUUGGUUGUGAUGCGGUUUUGUUUGCGGUAGUUUUUCUUCUUCACUCUGUGAAGAAAAAAGAAAAAAAUAAAUAAACCAAAAAGAGGAAAAUCGUGCAAAACAUAGCACAACCCUCCUGCGGAUCUGUUUUGUCAAAUCUCCCAUCUCCUGCUCUCAAUGAAGUGUCCUGGUUCAGCUGGCUGGCGUACUUAUUUCUAUUGGCUUUGAGUUUAUUCGUGUUUGCUGUUUUUUUUUUUUUUUUUUUUAAUUUGAAAAAAAUUUUUAACAUUUUAUUUUUUUUCCCUUUGCGGUGGUUUGGGUUUGCAUGCGGGGUCAGCUCCUGCCAGAUUCGUGAUUUGAUAACUAAAUCGGAAGCUUUGUUGCUGUUUAUUUCCUUUUCGAUAUAUUUUCCUGGGAGUUUGCUUGAAAUGAUGUUAUUAUUCAUUUCGUUCGUUUGUUUGUUUGUUUUCGGUUGGGGCCUCAAAGACACCACCAUGUCUUUAUUUUUUAUAUAUUCUUGAUAAUAACUAUCGAUAUAUUUAUUAUUGACCAGUGUUUCUGGAUGAGAUUUCCAAAUAAAGUAAAAAAUUAA